AUGGAUAAAGGAUAUUCGAGCAAACCAGGACCAGAAAGACAGACAACAUUACAAGAUGAAUUGUUUAUGACUCUUUACAGACUAAGAUUAGGUGUUCCCUGUCAAGAAUGUGCAUUUAGGUUUGGUUUGAAGCUUUCAAAAUUCGAGUCUAUUUUCAAUACAUGGGUUGUCUUCAUAGCACUUGAACUUGAAGAAUUAUGCAAGAUAAACAGAAACAUAAGAAGUCAUGAGUCUGCAAAUUGCUUCAAAGAAUUCCCUGAUGUUGUAAUUGUUCUUGACUGUACUGAACUGUUUGCUGAAACACCUAGUUCACUGAAGGCAAGCAAACAGCUGUUUUCCAACUAUAAGCACCAUAGCACUGUUAAAUUCUUGGUUGGUAUUAGUACCUGCGGUGCAAUUAAUUAUGUUUCUUCAAUGUUUGGGGCUCUGGCAUCUGAUAAAUUUAUCACUAGGGUCAGUGAUGAUCUGCUGGAUUCUUUAAAAAGAGGUGAUGUUGUCAUGGGGGAUAGAGCUUAUACAGUUGAAGAUGACCUUCCUCCUGGAGUUAAAGUCAUUACACCAUGUACAAAAGGACUAAGUCAAGUACAGUUCUCCCAUGAACAAGUUCUUUACAGCCAAAGAAUAGCAAAAGCUAGAGUUCAUAUUGAGAGAGCUAUUGGUCGGAUAAAGUCGCUUGGACUUCUAGAAAGAGAAGUGAAAAUUUCAUCAAUCAAGCACUUUGAAUUUGUCUUUAAAGCAUGUAGCUACCUUGUUAAUUUUCAAACACCAUUUUUAAAAGUAUCAGACAAAUAA